CGCUGCGCCCUCAGCUGUCCCAAUGGCCGGGCGCCUGGAGCCUGUCAGUCUGUCCACGACAGGUGCCCAUGUAUUCUUUCACAGCACGCAUUGGAAUAGAUCACAAAUAUUGACUUGCUUUCUAACAGAGCCCCAGUGCUGCUCGCAGUGUGCCUUUGCACCGCUUAUCUGCCAUUCCCAAAGGCCCUGAAGUACGAGAAACCAUUUCCCAUGCUUUGCAAAUCUGAGACUGUGUCCUAGCUGAAGCUGCUGUCAUCAUGCGAAGACCUACUGGGGCUUCAAUGGGCUCCCACUGGCCGCCACCAGGAAUCAUUGGAAACGUUGCAUACGAAGUACAGGCGGCUGCUGCAGCGUACAGCUGGCACCGACCAGGCUGCAGCGAGACUGCGGUCUAGGCCGGAAAACCCGGUCUUUAUUUGCUCAUGAGAUUCAUAGCCUGUCACCUUGGAUCGACUAUGGCUUCAAUCGCCAGGAUUGUUACAUUUGGAGCAGGACUGUUGUUUUAUCUAAAUAAACGCCAUACCAGACGAUGCCAUGGUCUCAUUUACCCUUAGUCUGUGUGGCAAGGAUGUUGAAUGCUCCGAGAGCACCAGUGUUGCCGACGACGACAUCACCGAUCCUGAUAUCGCCGUGUCCUUGCAGAUCCUUCUCUCGUUCAUCCUUCCAUCAGUAGCAGCGAUAAUUGCCUUCUUGUUGGCAUGGAUCAAGAUUCGCAUUCCGCAACAACAAUACAACUGUAUCGAUGAUAUGUCCUUGCCUUGGUUCAAGCGCGGACCGUCACGGUCUGGAUCCGCAUGGACUGCAACAUCUGAAGUCUCCGGUUAUCAAGGCUUCAUUCUCCUGGUCAACGAUCAGAUGCUCUUGACUGGAUUCGGAUUAAUCAUCGCCAUCUAUUCCCAGAUCUGUUCGAUAUCGAUGUUCUCAUUUCAUGUUGCUUGCGACCUGGCUUACUUGUGCUGUACUGUGCACCUGACAACACUGACAGUUCUAAGACUUCCUUUCAAGGAGAGCACGAAGGCUCAGAGAAAUUUACGGGUAUCGCUAAUGAUUCUGGGCCUUACUGGCAUUUUAGUCUGCAAAUAUCUGCAGUACAGUACAUUGGAGUAUGACAACGCUUCACUUGCAGCCUGCGACAUCUCUUGGCCACGGACUGGCUCAGACUUUGAAUACCUGUGGGAUUGGUUUUGCCUCGUGUUGACACUGAGCGUCAACUACUAUCAAUCCAUUGUCACCGAUGUGGCUCCCCGGCUGCCCUCCGGUUCUGAUGCUCGUCGGAAACCAAUCAGCUCAUGGGUUCUGGCGGUUUUGGAAAAGCUGCAUGGAUAUCCAGGAGCCCAAAAUGAUAUUGAAAAGUCCCUGGAGGAAAUGCAAGAAAAGAAUCAAGCGAGUUCCCUCAAACGGUUUACUUCCCUCACCACAACCAUCAACAAGAGGAGGUCAGGCCAAAUUUCAGCAGCAAGACUCCUAUGGGCGGUUUUUGCCAAUGUUGGCUUUGAUGUGGUCAUAGAGCUGCAGAACUCCAUUAUUUACGAUCUUUUCCUCUGUACAUUCUGGUUUGCUUUAGCGAUCACCGACCUUAUCACCUCGCUUACUCACGGAGGCGCCGAUAUUACGCCACUUCUGGAGUGGAAAUUUGGCCAGGUCCUGCCAGUCAUUCUUCUCGUCAGCUAUGCUCUAACCGCUCUGGGUAUCAAGUCUUCGUCACGCACUCGUCGAAGACAAUCGGCUUCAGUGGGUUCCUCACUGAACACGGCAUCGCCAGAGAAUCUCUCACGUAGCGAUUCAGGCAGUUUAGGCUCAGAGGUUGAUUUGGGCACCGGUCCAGGGCUGCCCAAGCGGUCUUUCACAAACACGGGCUUCUCGUCUCAAAAUGAGGACCCGCGUUCUCGUCCUACACGGCGUGUCAACACCGUAGAAUUAGAGCGAGCUAUAGUACCUGAGAGGGCUAAGAAGAAACCCAGACAAAAGCAGAGGUCUAUUCUGGAUGUCAAGGAUUACAUCACCCAACCCAUUGACCUAAUUGACUUCUCUAGAAGAGAAGCCCAAGGCUACAUCGGUGUCGUUGUCGUAGCUGCCUUCCUCUUUCUUGUUGGUUUCUUGGUUCAGAUGUACUUUUUUUUUCGAGAGACUGUGACGGCACUUACAGGUCUUUACAUAUUUCUAUUCUUCCACCGCGUGGUGAGAGGUAGCCGAGCUAUCAGACGGAUCAAGAUGGAACGGUUGAGAAGGGAGCAUGCUAUCUUGCAUAGACAGCAGCCUACUCAAACCUUGGGAUCGCAAUCCUCUGCCUCGGGAACGACGGGUAGCAAUGAGGCGUCUUUAAGGGAAGAGAACCAUCACUUCAACUGGCAAAGCGACGAACGGUCGGGGGCCGUCAAUCCUUGGAUGCAUUUGAACGUCAGUGGAUAGGCGCUUUGAUGGGAAUGAGGUCCUUCAUAAAAGCUUCAAGGCUUUCCGAGGCAGUAGAGGGUUGCAGCGAGACAAGGUUCGGGGUACCUGCUGUGGUGAGGAACGUUGACAUGCUGCAGGAUUUUACUUCUACUGUCAAGCAAAGGCAUCCUAGGACCAGAUUAACUGCAACUACCUACAUGCUUUUCUGAUAGUAGAAUAUUAUCUGACAGAUAUUAUAUACCGUUGCCAGUACUUUCUUUCCAGGUGCCUGGCAAGCCUCCGAGCUGUCUGUCACUCCAAGAAGGAGAAUAUAUGCAUAACAAUAUAAGUUGGCAUUGAUAGC